CCAGGGAUCUUUAUCGGGCUGUCAGAGAAGCUGGAGAAGCCCUCCAGCAGCAGCGAGUGAGUGAGUGUGUGUGUUGGUGUGUGUCUGUCUCUGCGCGUGUGUGAGACACAGGAUUUAACAUUAUUUAGUCAAUUUAACGCGUCUUCAAGUCGAAAUGCACCCGGUGAACGUAUCGAUCCCGUCGUUUCGAUCGGAAAACAACUCGAUCGAGAAAGGAUACACGGUCUUUAGAAUUGAUGUGCUGAUGAACGGCAGACAACACUCUGUUGAGAAACGCUACAGUGAAUUCCACGCUUUGCAUAAACUGCUAAAGAAGAGCAUAAAGCCCCCUGAGAUUCCUUCGAAACAUGUUCGAAACUGGGUUCCUAAAGUGUUGGAGCAGAGGAGACAUGGUCUGGAGCUCUACCUGCAGACUAUAAUCAUGGAAAAUGAGGUUAUUCCAAAGAUAUUCCUGGAUUUCCUGAAUAUCCGCCACUUUCCCUCAGUGCCAAAAACAGAAAGCUGUGGGUCAUUUGAUACAGAAUCAGAGGAAUCAAGUAAACUGUCACAUCAGCCAGUCAUGUUGUUUCUGAGAGACCCCUACCUGCUGCCAUCUGCACACGAUGCAUUUUCAAAUGUUGUGAUCGAAGGUGUGAUACAUGGAGUUUUCUACCCAGAUCUCCAGCCGAGGUAGAGUCGCGGAGCCGAAUCCGACGACGCAUCCCUGCAAACGGGUGCUCCAUAUUAUCACACCAUUUUCGGUGUGUAUCAUCGAGGGCGUAACAUGUGAAGGUGCACUGAGCCUCAUUUGUAGUUCCCAAAGCAAAAAAAUCCAGAUGUUAAAAAAGGUGCUUAACCUCUCAAUAAAUCACUGGCACCACAUUUCAACACAGAAAAAUAAUAUAUUAUCCUAGUACUGACCCAUGUUUCAAUACAUUUGACUAAUUCUUCCUAGAAAAAUAGUUUUAAAUUAACAAUUUAUUUUCAGCGAUAACAAUUAACUGUUAACCAGUAAGGCAGAUUAACUUAUUCUGAGAUGUAAUAAUCAAAAUAUCUAGGAAAAGCUUGCAAAUAAUCAAGAAGAUAAGUAGUGGGAAUGAUUAAUCUAAUACAUUAUAAUUGAUGAUCUUUUUCUUCAGGAAGCAAAGAGUUAAAUAAACAUGUAGGAUAAAAAUGGAAAUAUGACUGAAAGGUUGACUGAAGGAAGGGAGAAUAGUAUUUUUUAUUUUUUUUUUAUUUUUGGAGAGUUCGGUUAUUAAGCCACAGAGAGAGACGCGUUUUUGUCCGGUCAGUCUAAAGCACAGGGCCGUGGAGCGGUGAUGUCACUUUUCGAUCUGUUUUUAGCAGCUGAAUGGGGCCAGCUGAGGUCGUGCAGUGAGAUGAAUGUGAUGACAGCAGUGUGGGAAUGAUUGAGCCCUGGUGGGUGGUUGUGGCAGUGAUACUUGCCGCCUCUAUGCACCAUCAGAUGUCUGUGUUGAUACUGGACGAGCUGCUCACUUUGAUCUGGUGACCAUCUCCAGGUUCAGGGCUCAGAGCCAGUCGCUGCAAAGUGGAUUGGAAAUAUGUGGCACAACCUGCGAGUGAGGAAAAGACACGUGGAGCUCCAGACGGGCGUCAUUGCAGUUGUAGAAAGUGGAUGUUGACAAAACACUUAAGAGAGGAUUAGGGUGGCGUCCGUGUCUUUGUUACGCCUCCUAAUGCUUAUCUUUCUCCCGCUGUAGCUCUGCCCACGUAUAUGAAACAUGAGGAAGAGAAGCAGUGAGAUAUGAGCCUUUAAGAACAGCCCAUUGGAACUAAUCACAGGGUUUGAACUGCUGCUUUACACCACACACAACCUCUCUGCUCCUAGAACUAGACGGGUGCUCUGAGAGUCCAUACCUCGCCCUAUCUCGCCAUGUUUAAGAAAGUGGGGGGAAUAAACCUGGAGCUGCCUAUUUAUCCAGAUCUGCUACAAAAUAUAAUGUUUUUUUCCUUGGGUCAUACACCCCUCUACAGAGUUGCAUGGAAAUCGAGUCAGUAGUUUUAGUUCACUGGCAGAGAGAUGAUAAAUGGCGAUGAAAACAUUUGGCGAAGGGGAAAAUAAUCAUGAAAACCAGCUUCUUAGGGAAACGUCUCCUGAAAACAGUUACUAAAGGCCAGUGUCAAACACUAAUACCAGUCAUUUUGCAUUUAAUGUUGAAUUUAUAUAUAUAUAUGGUCAGUUUUUCAGUGUGGUGAUUAGUCACCGAUUAUGUAAAGGGAUUUGUGUGAUUUAAGAUGAAACCAGUAAAAUCUGUGCAAUAUGAACUAGAAAUACACUCAAGACUUGAUGUUGUUCCCUGUUAAUGAUGAACCUACAGAUCAUCUCGUUUCGAUCACGUGUAGUGAAGCAUUAUGUUGCAUAUUGUCACUUCACACACUGAGCACUCGUCUGACCAGCCUUCAGUGUUUUCUUAUGUGACUGGACCUCCACUACAGCACAGUGAUAGCUGCAUAUUUAACUGAAAUGAAUCUUGAACUAUUAACCUCGACUAAACCGAUCCUGAUUUUAUGUUAAAGCAAAUCAAACAGUUUCCUAGAGAUCCAUGUUGUGGACUGAUUUAUGUAUUUAUAUUGUGUAACGUUGCUCUGAUUAUGUGUAAAUGAUUAUUAAUGUGCCAUAGUGUCGACGUACAGUGAACACUGAACUGUAGCACUUUAAAAUGGGCAACAUGUAAAAAAGACUGACACCAAUAAAAUUCAUUAUUUCCAUAAAACAUCUUUUGUCAGCGGAUUUUUUUAAUGAAAAUAACAUCAGGAUAAGAUUUUCAUUACAAAAGUGAAUCAACAGACGGCCAACUCACGAGCUUAUAAUUGUUUUCUGUUUGUGAUCACAUUCUACGGUUAAUCGUUGAGAAGUGUGUUCCGUGAAAACAGAGUGAACCUCCACAUGUAGUGUGAAUUUGUAAAUCAGAAAAUUGUGAAUAAUUAGGCCUGAAUUUUCUAAAUUAGAGCUGAAACAUAAAUUCGAACCAAGGAGACGAACAACAGGUUCCCUCCUCUUCAUCCCAAACAAAGCAGCAUUAAUGUAGUUAAAAUACGAUCUCCCUGCAGAUCAUGUAAAGGAAAACUGUAUCUGACAGAGAGCUCUGAUUUUAAAGAAUCCCAACAUACUGUAAAUAUCUUUUUGGUCAUAUCAUUCAGCCAUUAUGCAUUCAUAUAAAACUUUAAAAAACAAAGAAAUUGAAAUGUAAUCUUGGUGAAGCAGUGCACAUCUGUCAUCAUGUACAGUGUACAGGUUUUAUGCCAGCUGUAAAAAGAAAUGUGUCCUUAGUGAAACUGCAGAUCCAUAGACAAAUGCUUUUACAAACUAAUGGAAACAAUCUGAAAUGCUAAAUAUUCCAGAAGCAUAGAAAAUUUUAAAAUCUUUGAUUCCUGGGCAGCAGAGUCCCAAAAUAGUAACAGUCCAGUAGUUAUAACACACACAUUUCUUAGGAAUGUGUGAUCACCUGCA